AGCCAAGCCCGGGCGGCAGGAGCUGCCGGCCCUCUCCCCGCCUCGCUGUGUCCGUCAAUGGCCCUGCUUCAGAGCGCUGCGCAGCUCCGCGCCCCGGCAGCCUCGUGCCUCGAACCUCUCUGCGCGGCGUGACGGACGGAGGGGGAGUGAUGGGCAACACGGUGCACAAGACCUUGGCAGACACCAGUCAGCAGUCCCGCUCGGUAUCUCACAGGCCUUAUUAUACCCUGCCGAACAGUAGCCAUGAGAGGCGGUCAGUCCUUGCCAUCACUGAACCUCCACGAUUCCACUUUCAGGCCAAAGGGAAAAACAUACGCCUGGAUGCCCAUUCUCGCAAGGCCACCCGAAGGAACAGUUUCUGCAAUGGCAUCACCUUCACCAACAGGCCCAUUCACCUUUACGAGAAAGUGCGGCUCAAGCUGGUGUCUGUGCACCAUGGGUGGAGUGGCGCACUGCGCUUUGGCUUCACCACUCAUGAUCCCUCACAGAUGAGUGGAGAUGACAUACCAAAGUAUGCCUGUCCAGAUCUGGUGACACGGCCAGGUUUCUGGGCCAAAGCUCUGCCGGAAAGAUUUGCACUAAGGGACAACAUCCUGGCAUUCUGGGUUGAUCGCCAUGGGAGAGUAUUCUAUAGCAUUAAUGAUGAAGAGCCAAUUCUGUUUCACUGUGGCAUCAAAGUCUCUGGGCCUCUCUGGGCACUGAUAGAUGUCUACGGAAUCACCCAUGAAGUGCAAAUCCUAGACGGCAUGUUUGCUGAGACAAUGACCUCCACCCGGCUCAGUAAUGCUCGACUCAGCACCUGCCUUCCACAGAGCAGCCAUGAUUCGGCCAACUUUAACAACAAUGAACUAGAGAACAAUCAAGUGGUGACCAAAAUUGCCAAUCUGAACUUGAGUCGUAUGCCUGCGCUGCCAACAGAUAACCACACCAUCCCUUGCUGCCCAAGCAGGCGACAGCUUGCCCAAGUGGUGCCUGCAUUUCUAGACACAGAUCUGCGUUUCCACCCCACCCAUGGGCCUGACAUUAACUUUUCUCAGGACCGGAUGUCUGCCUGCACCAACUGGCAAGAGAGCAAUAGAACUUUGGUGUUUUCUGAUCGACCUUUGCACGUUGGCGAAAGCCUCUUCGUGGAAGUAGGACACCUAGGGCUGCCGUAUUAUGGAGCCCUUACAUUUGGCAUCACUUCUUGUGAUCCAGGUACUUUGCGGACAAAUGAGCUCCCAGCGGAUCCAGACUUCCUUCUGGAUCGUAAGGAAUAUUGGGUGGUUUGCCGAGGGUUCCCAGUCCUCAAUAAUAAUGACAUCCUCAACUUCAUGGUCUUGCCAAAUGGAGAAGUGCACCAUGGAAUAAAUGGGAUGAACCGAGGGAUGCUGAUGUGUGUUGAUACCUCACAGUCGCUGUGGGUAUUCUUCACGAUCCAUGGUGUCAUCAAUCAGCUCAAAAUAUUAGGCACCGUACAGUCAAGCCCUGCAACUGUCUCUCCCUCAGGGUCACCUGGAGGUUCACAGUAUGACAGCGAUUCAGAUAUGGCUUUCAGCGUGAACAGGUCUUCGUCAGCUUCUGAGUCAUCUCUAGUGACUGCUCCAAGUUCUCCUCUGAGCCCUCCCGUGUCUCCAGUGUUCCCACCUCCAGAACCUUCGAGCAGCAAGAAUGGCGAGUGCACCGUUUGUUUCGACAAUGAGGUGGAUGUGGUGAUCUACACCUGUGGACACAUGUGCCUCUGCAACACCUGUGGUCUUAAGCUGAAGAAGCAACUCAAUGCCUGCUGCCCAAUCUGCCGACGGGUCAUCAAAGACAUUAUUAAGAUCUACCGUCCUUAACCUCAUAGCACCCCCCCUUGGGGUAUGAAUGGGGAGGGGCAGAAGGAAGAAUCUCGUUAGCGGUUACCACACCUUAUCAUCCCUGCUUAUGGGUUAUUGUCCUGGUCAGUGGCUCCUGAGUGGCUCUUUUGUCUGUAUUCCCAUGUUUUGACCAGUAGAAACAAAUCAGGGAUAAUUAAGCAAACCGGGGAAUGCUCUGGUCCUUGUGGAGACAGAAGGUACAGCUGCAUAGUGGGAACAGCUUUGUGAAGAUGCUGCUCUAAACUGGGAGGGUUGCAGUCUAAAGAGACUUAUCAUGUUAAUUACAAAACAAAAGGGAGAGUUGUCUUGUGCAGUUCCUUUCAUUAGAGCAUAGAUAGCCUUCUUUCUCAGGAAAGGAACCUGAGAAACCAGUAACUGAUCCAGUUUUUAAAAUUCUGUACAUCUUCUGUACCAUAAUUGUGGAACAUAUCCAGUGUUCUGUGCUGAUCUCAGUUUAUGCACUUGGAUGCUCCCUGUCCAUUGAAAGUUUAUUUCCCCCAACCACGGGUCAAGAGCAAGAAUAUGAGGAAAAUGGAGGGAAGUCUAAAUGAGCAACUUGAUAGGACAUGUUUUUAAACCCCUUCUCUUUGUUGUAUUCAUUUUCAUUUUCCAGUGUUCAUGGAUGGUUCAUUCAUGGUUUAAUGUCCACAUCUUUGAGGUGGUGUCAAAGUUUGUGAACCCCCAAACAAGACAAUUGCAUGGGUCUCUCUCUCAGGUCUCUCUCUCUCUCUCUCUCUCUCUGUACUCAAAGUAAAUAACAUCUUUCUCCUUUAUAAGUUGCAACUUGAAGCUUCCUGAUGCUUUACUGAGGAAAUGCUAAGCACAGCUGGAUGCUGAGAGUUUUAAUUAAUGCCUUUGUAUACAUAAGAGGAACAUUGUGUAGCAUGGAGGUUAGCAAGGGUCAUGACCUGCCUGUGACAUGUAGAGAAUUUAGAAGCAGGAUGCAGAGGAGGGAGGCUGAUGGAGAACUUAAAAUUUGAAUCUUCCAGGGUUAUUUAUUUGUGAUGUGUGAACACAACUGAUUGAUGUUUUUCUCCAUUCCUCCCCAGAGGUUUUGCUCACAAAGUAGGCUGCAAUGUCUUCCUCUCCAGGAAGUUGUCUUCUAUUCCACAAUGGAGCCAUCUUGCUGAAAUUAAAUAGCAUUGACUUUGAUCAUUGGAGAAGGAUAUGCAAGCUGUUAUUAGACAAUUAGCCUUAAGCGAUGAGUGAAUUUUGAUUGUUUGGGAGUUCUGAAUUAUAAGUAGCCUGGAUCACGGGUUAAAGGCACCAUUCUAGCAUUAACCCAAGUUUGCUAGUCUACUUGCUUAUCCUCCUUCCUUAGGGCUUUGUAUGGCAGAAUCCUUUUGCAUUGCACACAACUGUGGCCAUCUUCUCCACUAAUCCUUAGGCAGACUGCCCUGUUCUAUUCAUUGGAGGCCUCCUAGGAAGAAAUUCUAAUGAUUUAGGUGGAAAUGGAACAGCCUGGUCUACCUUGAAAGUGGCCAUUGUAUCCCAGUAUGCACCAUAAGUCUCCCACAUCAGCUGACGGGUACUGACAAUCUGUACUGGAGCAGCUGGCAGGAUUGCAAUCAUUCAUGUCCCCUCCUGGCAGAAUUAGCAAUGAAUAUGAACCCUGGCACCAAGGACAGCUCUGGUUCUUCCCCAGACAGCUGAGCUUUGGUCUUCUCCCACCCCUCCUUGGGGUGUAUGCAAAGGGUUUUGUGCUUUAAGAGGGAGAUGUAGCCAGUUCAAACAAAUUUGGCCAGAAACUGAUAAAGUCGUGCUGCUUACAUGGUGGGCAAACGAUCCUAAUUAAAACUGCUGGGCUGGUCUACUUCAGUAGACCCUACAUCAUUUUAUACCCACAGAAAACCUUAGGUUGGGUCUAAAUUUAAGCUAAAUCAUCUGUUCUGGCAGAAGUGGAUUUACCUGCCUCCUUUGCUGCUUGAAAAUGCUACACAGAGUAUCAUGGAGACCUUGCUGAAUAAGGGGUGUUGUGCUGUGGGAGGAAGGAGGCACCCCCAAAAUUGGCCGCAAGGACCUUUCACAAGAAGAAUCCCUCCUCUAGCAGAAAAAUAAUUCUUGCUGUAAUCCCUUCUGUUUGCUGGUGCAUAGAUGAGCCUUUCUGUGGCCCAGUGUAAUUCGAGCAAGUGUCCAUCAUGGGUAGUAGCUAAUGGUAUUUUGUGAGCUGCUCACAGCAAAGCGAUUUCAUCAAACUGCUCUCAUUGUUCACAGUCUGCAUUAAAAUAUGUUGAUGCCAGUGCAGCUUAAAUCACACCCUAAAUUGCAGUCCAUUUCCACGUAUGGAUUACAUAAGGAAAGACCCUCCAAAGGUUAUUAAGCAAAAUGAAUUCUCAUCCUUCCAAGUUUCUUGAGAUUGCAGGCAAUAUUUUGGGUCAACAGUAACCCCAGUUUACAGUUGUUUGAAACAACAUUGUGCUCUCUUGGAUGCCUCUCAGUCCAUAUACUUGGAGUAUCCAAAUUUCCACAGGAGAACUUGCUGAACAGUGAGUUUAGCAUCACAGCGGUCACUUGAUCUAGCCAACUGGUUGCUCAACAUGGAUGAAACUGCUUUGUGUGAGACAAAGAACUGUAGGCUGAAAUCGCCUGUAGUGUUUUUCAGUGGCUAUCGAUGUCCAUAAACUGAAACUUUAAUUCAGUCUUUGCACUGAAGUUAUAAACUGGCAUUAGGAUAUCCCACUGAUCACUGUGGAGGGAGAAGGCUUUAAAUAAUGCUAUAAUUACACCAUAUAGAUACACUCUGUAAGCAGCAUUAUAAAACAAGCAGUCCUCAGUUUAAGAGCAUAAAUGUUUGCCUCUUCAGUUUUGGAGCUUUGCUACAGCCUUUUGCUGGUAUCAGCUGCUGAUCUAGUAUGUGUGAAUGAUGCACAGGAAUGUGCAGGUUUAUGAUGGGUAACUGCAGACUUAAGCAGCAGAGAAGAGGUAUCAUUUGGGUUGAGAUAGAGAGAGAGAGAGAGAUUAGCCUGCACUGUGAGAAUAACAACAGGCCAUUGAUGGCAAAACCUCUGCAGAAGCUCAUUUAGAGAAAAGUUCAUGCAAGCAGCGGAGAUGGCAGUUCUCUCAUUCUGCGCUUACGAAGUGCUGUAGGUGAGGAUGAAAUUGUCGUAACACACUGUGCCUGAAAACUGAACUACAAGACUGAUUUCAGCCAUUCUUGAUAGUUGUACUUAGCAUUGGUAGAAGUGGUUGCGUGAAGCAAAACUUUAAUGCAUGAAACUCUUCUGGGUCAAGCCGGCAAAAAUCUAUUCCUUGACGGUUUGCUACUGUGCAUGGAAGCUGCUGCUUCAAGAGAGCAUUUUGAGAGGCUCCCUUACUCACUUCAUCAGAGGGUUUAUAAUUGUGUGUGAUCACAGCCCCUGCUGCUGGAUGUCACAAUAGGAGCAUUUUCCUCAUGGUUCGGUUUCAUCCUGUUAGGCCUAAAAGCCAUAGCUGAAGUGGUUGGCAAAACUCGGCAGAAAGUGGAGAACAGGCUUACCUUUUUGCAGGUACAAUACAAUAGUAAGGAAACGGCAAUUCAGUAGCUACUGUGUUUCUUUUGGGUGCUACUCAUUACCUGCGUUCUGUUGCAAACCCCCAUGUUGCUUUUUACUGCUUGGUGCAAGAGCACAUUAGUCCCUCUUUUCAAGCUACUGUUUUUGGUUUAAUUCCAUUAGCUGCUGUGUCAUAUCAAAACCUACCUAAGGAUUUUGUUGGUGUCUCCUCCUCAGAACUAGUUUUCCUUAAUGAAUGUGGAGCAGCACACCACUGUGGAUGAGUUGCCAGUGAAACUGUAUAGCUAAAGGCAAUGUAUACCUAUAAUGAUUGCACAAUGCAGAAAAGGGAAGGGCAUGUCCUUUUUGGGGGAGGGGGUGGUUUUCCCAACAGAUGCAGCAUCAGACCGAGACCGGGAGUGCUUUGGCAAGGUAGCCCAGUCUGCAGACAAAGUGUAGCUGUGAAGCAGCUUAGGAAGAGAGAAUUAAUGGCAAUGCAGCUCUACCGAUUCCACUCUCACAAAGGAAUUCUCAAAUAAUAUAUAGGAUGUGGAGGCUACUUAGCAACUUGUUCUUGUUACCGCUCUUUUUUUAAAGAAACUGUUCAGAAGAUCUGUUUGUGCCUUAUAAGGGUGUCUGUGCACUUUUUAUCCUUUUUAAUGCUACUUUAAAAAUGGAGAGAGAAAAAGAACUUAACACAAAAGGCUGGUAGUUUUAUAGAAUCUUAUGUGUUCACCAAGAAAUCUGCUUUUUUUGUUUUUGUUUUGUUUUUGAUAUUGGAGUGAAAAACUAUGUUUUCAUUGAAUUUUGCUGCCACCCUCCUCCCCAUUUCCUCUUUGUAUAAAAAUGCUUUUUAAAAAGUUUCCAGAUUUCUAAAACUUCUUGAUAUUUUUCUGGUUCAUGACUGUAAUCUGUGCAUCACAUUCUACAAAAAGACAGAUUUUAAUCUCUCUGUAAUAGAUUUUCAAAGCAAAUUGUUUGGGGAGGGUUUGCACUUCUCUACAUGUAAUACUCUCUAGCAUUGUGAUCUGUAGUGUGUGUGCGCGUGUGUGUGUAUGUGCGUGCGCACAUGUGUGUGUGUGUUUUUUAUUUUUGUCUGUUUUACAUUAAUAUAAAAUUUAUGUGUUUAUGAAACAAACAAAAUGCUGGCUUGUAAAUAUUCCCUCUGUACAAAAGUAAAAGCAGAGUGCAUCAGAGUAUGUCUGCGUUUUAAGCCCAGGACUUAGGGCCAAAACAGGCAUUACUUUCACUUGUACAUAGAUGAGAAAACUUCCUACAAGUAAACAUAUUACUGUAAAAUAAUAUAUAUAGCCUUUACCUGAACACUGCAAUAAGCAGUACAUUGAUGCUUAUUCAACAUAACUUGACCACUGAUGGAUGAGUAUUCUUACAUGCAGAGUAAGCUAUGGCUGCAGUUUUGUACACACACCUCUCGCUACCAGUUGUGCUUCCGUACUGACCCAUCAGUAAAGUUGAUCCUCUGUAUUAGCCCAGCUUGUAAGAGCUUCCAGGCAGCACAGAACCUACGUUGUAUCCUCAUAAGACCCAUGAAGCUCUAGGCCCCUGAUGUUAGCAUUAUUGUUGCAUUUCUGCUCUGAGCCAUGCUUGUGCCACCCCUACCCUAGUGUCAGACACUGGAGACACUUUCCAAUGAAGAAAUCAUCCCACUGCCCAGGUGAUACGAUGCAUCUUGUAUGCCCGCUGCUUUGAGACCCACCCCAUUUUCCUCAAACCUAACAAUAACUUUACAAAGCAGCUAAAAAGAAAGAGAAUGCAGGCGUUUUCCACAGUAGCUUGCUUUUUUCCCAUGUAUUUAAAGCUGUGACAGUGUGUCAGUCUAGUCAUGGACUCUGGCAGGCGUCAUGGUCCCUUGCCUAUCUGGACUUGCCCGCUGAUACCCUCAGGCUCACUUAAAGCUAGGUUGUCACCUCCCUUUCCGUUUCACUGUAGGUAGCUUGACAGACUGUGUGGUAGGUACAUUUCCCUCAACCUCCCUGGAGCUCUCCUUGCUUCCAUGUUAGAGACAUUAGAGAUGAUCCCCAAAGCUUUCACUUGACACUCUGUCGUUCCAUUCACUAAGUCCUGUCCCUUGGCUUAGUGUCCUUUCUCAAAACAACUCCAACAAGACCAACUUGAACAGCUUCAGUUAUUUACUGCAUUUCUUGGAAAUGCCAAGAUACUGUACUUGAAUAACAGAACUAUCCGUCAGUCAGUCAGUCAAUAAAAGCAGGUGACAGAGCACAGAUCCAUCUUAGCUGGGUGACACCGUUAGGAAGGGGCUCACACAGAGGAGCAUAACCACAACCUGCACACAGGUUGCACUGCUUAUGUCAUGCCAGUGCGACUAGAAUCCAAGUUGUGGGGCUACCUAGGCUUGGAACUUGCACGCCGCCACCUGAGCGGGCAGCUGGGUCCAGUGGGCCCUUGGCACUGCACUGCCAAUUCCCCCUUUACCCUCCCUCCAAGGCUGCGUGCACAAGCCCACUGCCAACGCCCCAACCAAGUCAGCCUCCACAGAAACAACCAAGAGGUGUGGCUUCUUAAAGACAAGCAAAGCCAUUCUGGCUUAAGCUUUCAUCCUCGUAUUCACCAUGCCCUAUCCCUGGAUUUACACAGUUUUCUAAGGGAAAACUUCCUCAUGCAAGAUGACCAGCCCUAUGGGCAGCUAAAAAAGGCAUAUAACAAGAGACAGAAGACACUACUCAGUCUUGUCUGCAUGCAUGCAUUUCUACAGUCCUUCCUUAAGAAAGCAGUGACUGAGUAAUGAUACGACCUUUCAGGCUUUAUCUGCUCUAACAGAGUAGUUUGAAUGCACUAUCUUACUCCCAUUAUAUCCAUCUCUCUCUACUACUUAAUAAGGAUAAAAUGGAGCUGGAAGGGCAACCUUGAAUAAGUUGAAGUAAAUACACAAGACAGCACACAGCCUUGAAGGGUGCAUCGCCUGCAUUCUUCUUUUCCAACAUGGAAUGUAAAUUAAUGUACUGCCGAAAACCGAUGGCCAUUCAGUCAUUUACCAAAGGGCAGUUACUGGAGCGGCCAUGCAGCACCCCUGAAUUCCCACCAACACUCACCCAAAUGUUUACGUGAUGCAGCUGGUUGAUCAGGAGGUCCAUGAGCUCAGCUGCUUCACUCACACCCUUCUCUCCCAUCAAAGCAGGAGGAAAAGACCAUGCAAACAUGGCAGCUGCACUCUCGGGCUUCUGUGUCAUGAUAGGGAAGACACAGCUGGCCAUUCCUGAGCUGGUCAUCGCUGCUAAACACCUGAACUUAGUGCAUAAAGUGUAUGAAUCGCUACAUCAGUUGUCUGGCGAAUUAGGAGUGGACUGGGCAGCUGCUGGCUGAAGAACUGAUGCCAGAAAGAAGCAUGGAAGGUGGCCUUUGGCAGAAUUAAAUUAUUUGAUUGAUGGAAGAGAGAAUUGAGGCCUAUUGAGGGAGCAACAUUGCACUGGAGGAAACAAUGCAAAUAACCAUCAAUAAAACCUUCUUAAAACAACUUUAACUAGAAUCAAACAUGAAACAUUCUAAAAAUGCAGGGAGCACUCAUGUUUGGAAGGAGUGUAUGCAUUUGAUUUCAGACUAUUGUGAGAGCUCAGCACUGAAGCUGUUGCUGGGCACCUUCCCUUUAGGGAAUUCAGGGUGGGGUGCAGCUUUCACCCGUGAUUUUUCAUUGGGAAGGAAGCGAGCGUUUAAGCUUGGUGGGCUUUUGACUUAUCAAAACAAAAGGCUUGGCUACCUGCCACACUGCCACUCAUGCUCUAGUCGGCAGAACACAGCGGCUGAGUUCACAUGACACAACAGGCCAUCGUGGGUAGCGGCUGCUCUUUGCAACCCUCUCUGUGCAGCUUUGCUUUCCAGGGGACGUCCUGCUCUCCCUGCCCCCAGCACGGAAAUGACUGAAUGGGACAGAGUGAAUGGGAUCAGAUGAGAAGGACCACUGGUGCUCAUGACCCAUUUCUUCCUUUCUUCCUAUUCUACCACCUCCAAGAUUUUUUUUUCUUUUAUCCACUAUCAAGAAUAUUUGCUUAUUUUGGAGAGCUGGAAAUAAGUUUG